AUGAAUGGUAACAGCAAGUAUGAAGAUCGUUCAAACGAAAAUAAACAGGAUGGAAAAAAUACACCUUCUACCACUACUUCAGUUUUUAAAUCUCCUGCUUCUAUAACGAAUCCUGGGGUGUUGAGAGGUCUUCGAACAAUUCAAAUAAAUUCUGCAAGGGAAAUUCAUGCAAGAACAGUUGCUGCUCGUCAUCCUGCCAUGAACCGUAGACCAAUUACCACAACCAGUCUUAAGGGUGAUUCAGUCAACGAUACACACAUCUCAAGUACAACAACUACGGAAACAAUAAACAUUUCUACAACAACCACAAUCCCUAAACCAAGACACAUCUGUAAUAAUCCAAAUAAUCCUCUUUGUGCUCAUUGUGGUGCAACUAUUAUACCUUCUCCUCAGGCUACGUUGCCACUGGCUGAUAAUCCUUCCGUCACUAUAGAUGAUUGGGUUGUUUCCACCAUGAAAAAACCUAUAUUGAAGACACAAGAAUUUGAAGAUUGGGAAAACAACAAAUUGAAAGGACUCUCGUUACCUGAAAUGAUUUUUGGUAAUUCAUAUGUUAGAAUUAAAAAUACAAAAUAUAAUUGGUCUUUAGAGUUUAAUACUUUAGAUGCCCUGAGUAGAGUCAAUCUAAAAGAUUCGGGAAUAAGAGUAUCAUAUUCUAAUAAAUGGAUCAAAUCAAAACAAGCUAAAAAGACUCAAUUACCUGAUGAUUUAGUUUCCACUUCAUAUGACAAUCAAUCAUUAAAAAUUGUAAAUCAUUAUGAUUGGACUUAUACCACAGACUAUAAGGGAACUGAAACUCCAACAAAUCAAUUACAGAGAGAUGAUGCAGUAAAACUUCCGAUUGAUAAAUUAUCUAGACAUGAUCCAAUCAUUUUCUUUGAUGAUAUGAUCUUAUUUGAAGAUGAAUUGGCAGAUAACGGGAUAUCUGUUUUCAAUAUUAAAAUACGUGUAAUGAAUGAAAGAUUACUGAUUUUAGCGAGAUUUUUCUUGAGAGUCGAUGACGUACUCUUACGAAUUAGAGACACAAGAGUAUAUGUAGAGUUUAAUGAAAAUAAGGUUAUUAGAGAAUACAAGGAGUAUGAAGGGAAUUACAAUGAAACUAUAGCAAAAUCAAAAUCUACUUUACAAUAUUCAAGAGAUCCCAAAGCAGCAUUGCGAGAUAACGAAUGGGUUGUAAGAAAUAUUCCGUUAGUUAAUAGAGAAUCGGAAAUCUUGAUACUGCAAUAA